GGGCGGGGCAGUCCCCUUGUGACCCAGCGUGUCCCCGCAGGGGGGGGGACGAUGCCCCUGGAGGUACCUUGGCCCUUCCCACCGGCCCCACGGCUGCCCUGGACCCUGGCCAGUCACCUGGUCACCGGCCUGGUGGGCACCUACAGCUGCUUCUGGACAAGGCACAUGAACCAGCUGCGGGUCCAUAACAAGGAGGUUCUGUACGAUCUGGUGGAGCGGCGCCAGCCCGGCACCCCCCUCAUCACUGUGUCCAACCACCAGUCCUGCAUGGAUGACCCCCACCUCUGGGGUAUAUUGAAGCUUCGGCACGUCUGGAACGUGAAGAGGAUGCGCUGGACCCCCACGGCCGCUGACAUCUGCUUCACCCGAGAGCUGCACUCGCGGUUCUUCAGCCUGGGCCAGUGCGUCCCCGUGUGCCGAGGGGACGGCGUCUAUCAGAGGGGGAUGGAUUUCAUCCUGGAGAAGCUGAACCGCGGAGACUGGGUGCACAUCUUCCCCGAAGGCAAGGUGAAUAUGAGCCAGGAAUUCAUGCGCUUCAAGUGGGGGAUCGGGCGACUCCUGGCCGAGUGCCGGCAGCACCCUGUCAUCCUGCCCCUCUGGCACGUUGGUCUGAAUGAUGUGCUGCCCAACACCCCCCCAUAUGUGCCCCGUGUCGGCCAGCGGAUCACCGUUCUCAUCGGGAAACCCUUCAGCGUCCGGCCCGUGCUGGAGCGUCUCCAGGCUGAGAACAAGUCAGCGGUGGAGAUGCGCAAGGUGCUGACGGAUUUCAUCCAGGGCGAGAUCCAGGUGCUGAAGGGCCAGGCUGAGCGGCUGCAUCAGACAUUCCAGUGGCAGAGAUAGCCUGGGGGCCGGGGGAGGCGCUGCGCUGGCCUCCCUGCCCCACAGCUCCGCCCCACAUGCAUGCCGGUCGCUCCCCUCUUCCUCACUCGUGUCAGGCUGGCACCUCCCUGCCUGACCCCUCUGCCCCACAUGCCAGCUGGAUGGCCCAUUUCCCU